AUUCCACGCUUGAGCCCAUAGUGACUUCUUUCAGGUGAUUGAGAGUUUAUUGCGGACUAUUGCUCUCUUGAUCAAACCCUGACAGUGUUACGGUAUGCAAGUAUGGUCCCAUUUAUCCAUACCUAUUUAAAGCUCAGCGCUACUUUUUACAAAUACUGGGAUUGUUUCUCACUCGCUCUCUUGGAUGGAUGUGCGUUACUUGCCAUCUAUCCCGUAUCAUUCCGAAACGCUGUCAUUAAAGUCUCGUGGCAGUUGAUGGCUUACCUUUUGAUGGAUGGCUAUUUCUACUUCUCGUCAAGUCGUCGCCAUCGCCGAAUCUCUGCUCUAUUCGCACAUUCCUAUUCCGUACCCUCCUUGCAUAGGUACCUUACACGUACUUGCAAUUAGAAGCUGGUCUUCGGCGAACAUGGGAGGAACAAGGAUCAUCAAGCUCGGGCUACUCCCAACAAACGGUAUGGUAGGUAUUCAUACUUUCGGUGCUUCGCGAGUACAUGGCGACUUUGGAGAGUAAGGUAGGUAGGUAGGUAGG